UGCCUGAUCAGAAUCAGCUCCGGUCGGUUAGCUGAACUCGGUCUCCGGCUGUCAGUUUCUCAGAGCGGUGACAGCUAGAAAAUAUUUUUUCAUCUCGGGCUGUGCCUUGAAUACAAUCGCCAAAAUGUUCGAGGAGGCCAGUGAAGUGUUUGACAACAUGUUUAAAUCCUCGUUUCCCCUGACGUUCAUCGUGUUUAUCCCCGCGGUGCUGAUCCUGGUGUCACCGCUCCCGGCCGAGGCGGCACAUGAGUUCACGGUGUACCGCAUGCAGCAGUACGACCUGCAGGGACAGCCUUACGGUACCAGAAAUGCCAUCUUGAACACCGAGGCCCGUACUGUGGAGGCAGAGGUACUAAGUCGUCGCUGUGUCAUCAUGCGGCUGGCAGACUUCUCCUACGAUAAAUACCAGAAAGCCCUGCGCCAGUCAGCGGGAGCCGUGGUCAUCACCCUGCCCAAGAACAUGUCUGCUAUGCCCCAAGACAUAGUACAGCAGUUCAUGGAGCUGGAGCCGGAGAUGUUGGCCACUGAGACCAUCGUCCCUGUGUACUUUGCCAUGGAGGAUGAUGAGCUGCUGUCCAUCUACACCCAAACCCUGACCUCCUCCUCCUCGCAGGGCUCCUUAUCGGCAGCUGAAGUGUUGCUGCACACGGCCACAGCCAACGGCUUCCAGAUGGUCACCAGUGGAGCUCAGAGCAAAGCCAUCAGUGACUGGGCCAUCACUAGUUUAGAGGGUCGUCUGGCUGGAGUCGGAGGAGAGGACCUGCCCACUAUUGUCGUGGUGGCUCACUAUGACUCCUUUGGUGUUGCUCCAUGGUUGUCGUAUGGAGCUGACUCAAACGGCAGCGGAGUGUCCAUGUUACUAGAGCUGGCCCGUCUCUUCUCGAAACUCUACACCUACAAGAGGACACACGCAGGGUACAACCUGCUGUUCUUUGUCUCUGGUGGAGGAAAGUUUAACUACCAGGGCACCAAACGUUGGCUGGAGGAGAAUCUGGACCACACUGACUCCAGUCUGCUGCAGGACAACGUAGCCUUCGUGUUGUGUCUGGACACUCUGGGGAACGGAGACUCUCUGCACCUCCAUGUGUCCAAACCUCCUAAAGAGGGAACUCCUCAGUAUUCUCUGCUCAAGGAGCUGGAGAUGGUGGUGAGUAGUCAGUACCCGGAGGUCAAGUUCUCCAUGGUCCACAAGAAAAUCAACCUGGCCGACGACAUGCUGGCCUGGGAGCACGAGCGCUUCGGGAUCCGUCGGCUGCCGGCCUUCACUUUGUCCCAUCUGCCGUCGCACCGCCUGGCUCAGCGCUCCAGCAUCAUGGACGUGCGGUCAGUGUCCCCCUCCUCUCGCCACGGAGCGGGAGAGCCCCCUGCUGGGCCUCACGUCGAUGUAAAGAGACUCAGCAGGAACACCAAGGUGGUAGCGGAGGCGCUGGCCAGGGUCAUCUACAACCUCACAGAGAAGGGGGCCCCUGGAGACCUGCAGAUCUUCACUGAACAAAUGCAGGUGCAGGAGGAGCAGUUAUCGGCCGUAGUGGACUGGCUCACAGCGCAGCCGCGAGCCGCCCAGCUGGUGGACAAAGACAGCAGCGUGGUGUCCACUCUGGAGUAUCACCUCGGACGGUACCUCAAGGACGUCAAGAGACACUACGUCAAAGCUGACAAAAGGGAUCCAGAGUUUGUAUUCUACGACCAGCUCAAGCAAACUAUGAAUGCUUACAGAGUGAAGCCUGCUAUUUUCGACCUGCUGCUGGCUGUCUGCAUCGCAGCCUACUUAGGCAUGAUGUAUCUGGCUAUUCAGAACUUCGGAGUCCUCUACAGCGUUGUCCGUAGAAUCACCCAACCCAAGGCGAAGGCCCACUGAGUCAACGCGGCACCUUUUUCUUGUUUUUCUGGACCCCUCCCCCUCUCCCUUUCCCUCUAAUCAAGAAACUCUAGCCAGUAGAAGGCAGGAGCUGGGCCAAGCUGCUGUUCUCGAGACGGUUUUCAAACCAGCAGAAUCACUUCCUCUUCAUCCUGACCCACAAACUAUGAUGUCAGAUCCUGUCCUGCUGCCAACUUAAUCCAUUUGGUCUCACGGACCAGAAUAAUCAGGAAUCAUUCUUCUCUCCACAGAUGUCUUUCAUUUCUGAUUUUUUCCCCUUGCAUUGGAAAAUAUUUCAUUAUUUUGAUUGAUUAUUUGAUUUUUUUUUUUUUUUUUUUUUUAAACCAUUUGUCCGAAACCUCAGAGGGUCCAGAUGAGAUUAAGUGAGAGUUUGUGAUGCAACCACUGAUUGCUCUUCAUUUCUCUCCUCAGUAAACUGCAUGCGAGCGAUCGUUCAGCCAAACUGACAUCACGUUUUCUCGGGCAGCUACAGGGAGAAAUUUACCACGCAGAAUUUAGCCCAGAAUUAAUUUUGUUGAAACAUAUGUUCGCCAACCUUCUUGUUGAAGGACAGGUUCGCAUUUUAUCAAGUCUGUCUUAAUACAAUACUCACAAAGAACUGAGGCCUCAUUAGCUUCAGAGAGGACUGUGGUGUUUGUCUUUUGUAUCUUUAUGACCAUAACUAACUAUUAUUUUCAUUGGAUUAGGUUUUUAACUAAAAGAUGUAAAAAAAAAAAAAAGGAACAUAAAUGCCAAUUGCAGGUUGUCAGAGCCCAAAAUGGCGCCUUCAAAUAACACUUUCUAUCAGGCAAAGAUUUCCAGUUUACAACAGUAUAAUUAUAGAAAAGCAACAAAUCUUUGCAUUAAAACAGCUGGAACCAGCAAAUGUUUGUGCUUUAUAAAUGACUUAAACGAAUUUUCAGUCAAGCUAUUAAUUAUUACAGUAUAGACAUAAAUAGAAGGGAGUACUUCACAGCCAGUAUGGACAUGAGAUAUGAUCACAGCGACCAGUAACUCUACAGAUAAUGGGUGUUUGAGUUGAGGCAGACUUGAAAAAUCCUGAACUCCUCCUUUAAACACUCAGAGAAAAUGACACCUCAAACACAAAAACUGUUUACGGAGACAAGUUGUCUAAAGGAAAAUGUGAAGUCGUGAAUUUAUUAAAAGAAACAUUAAACUGAAUGGAAAGCAAUCCUUGCCAAAUAAUUAUUAUGUGUCUGAAACUUCCCUUCUCUCUCCAUUUAAUACACAUAGUUAUAGAAAUGUAAAGCUGAUUCCUCCUUGAAAUUUUCCCUCUUGAUUUGUGCGUCACCUUUUUUUUUUCAGGUUUGUUUCUCUGUUGCUGUGUGACUUGAUGUGUCUUAUUUUCACUGCGAAAGUCUUGUUUUUAAAUCCUGAUUUAAUUUAAAAAAGGAUUUUUAAAAAGUCUUUGAUCUCUAAUCUGAAACACCAUGUUACAAAAGGUCACAUAAAACAAACAUGUUUUCUUGUCUAAUCAGAGCACGUGUGAGUUCAGUACAACGCCGACACAUUCAUGACAAGAUAACUAUCCCCUCUUUACUCCUUUUUAUCAGUGAGAAAACAUGUUGUUGUGCAGUGUGGACUUUUGCUGACUGUGGCAAAAAUGUGACUUAAUCAGAAAUUUUUAAAGGCAUGUUAGAGUUUGGUCAAGACAGCACUGCAGUAUUGAUACACUGGAUGGUUUAAAAUGGGCAGUAACACAAAGAGUGUUGGAUUAAAUGGGAGAAAUAUCUUUACACAUCCAGAAUAUUAGUAUAGUGAGAGGUUGGUGUUUAAAUUCAACAAUACCGUAGUGUUUCCUCGACCUUCUUCCUGCCCUGGUCUUGCCUUGUUGUGGGUGAAUGGUGUGUUGUUUGUUUUUUUUCCACUGUUUUGUAUUUUCCGAUGUGUUACUGCAUGACCUGUAACCCCCACACCUGUCACCAUGGUAAUAGCGACAGACAGGACUUUUUAUUUACCAACAUGAGGGAAAUACUGUGUGGUACAUACGAGUUUUUAAUUUAUUGAAGCCGUUUUCAUUUGUGCACUGAAAUGAACUCUCCUCUUGUCUGAACUCUUUUUCACCUCAUCCACAACACUUGAUCUUUGCAAUGAAAAUGAUAUGUAUGGUGAUUAAAGACAAAUGAUGAAAAAAAAUAAAUCACAAAGGAACACGUA